AUGUGGGCGAUACUGGCUAUGCUCCGGCCAGCGUUAGCGUUACCCUUCCUCCUGCUCCUCCUCCCCGCCGCGGCUGGUGGGCUGUCCGGCGGCCGGACGCUGGUCUUCAUCCUGGCCGGGCAGUCCAACAUGAGCGGCCGCGGCGGCGCCACCAACGGCACCUGGGACGGCAUUGUUCCGCCGGAGUGCGCGCCCUCGGAGCGCAUCCUCCGCCUCUCCCCCGCGCUUCGCUGGGAGGAAGCGCGCGAGCCGCUGCACGCCGGCAUCGACGUGGGCAACGUUGUCGGCAUCGGGCCCGGCAUGCCCUUCGCGCACGCCGUGCUCGCCGGCAGCGAGGGCGCGGAGUCCGUCGUCGGGCUCGUGCCGUGCGCGCAGGGCGGCACGCCCAUCGCCAACUGGUCCCGGGGAACGGAGCUGUACGAGCGGAUGGUGACGCGCGCCAGGGCGGCCGUGGCCGAGUGCAGCGGACGCGGUGAGCUGGUCGGGAUUGCGACUGCGCAGUACAACGGAAAGUUCCUCGACCUCGUGAGGGAAGCUCAAAAGGCAGUCACGCUCCCAAAUGUCAAGUACGUAGAUGCCAUGGGGCUGCCCAUUGCGAGCGAUCACACGCAUCUUACAACAGAGGCUCAAAUCCAGCUCGGCAACAAGCUAGCCAAGUCAUACUUAGAAACGCUGUAA